CAUUUUAGUUUGUUUUGACCGCGCGAAGCGAUGUGGUGUUGGCUCUAGGUCCUCCAGCUUGACGAAUCGGUUGCGGCCAAUAAAAGCGAAAAAACACCAGACUUUAAAUAUUUUACACCUUGCCACCUGCACAGCACAAGGUAUGAAUAGAAAUUAUUUUCGGUUGGCGCACAUAUAAACACGUAACAAUCAAUUGUGUCAAAAACUUCAGCACUCCCAAGCGCAUAAUAAGCAAGCGGAAAGAAAGCAGGCAAAACAAGAAGACCAAUAAAUGUUCAAUUAUAGGAUUUUUGUGUGUCUGUGAUUUUGAAAGGUUUUGCCACUUAGCACUCACCGCCGAGCCCAUCGAUAAAUAACGAUAAUGAUCAAUAACGAUGGCCCAGUGAUUCCCAACUAAGUGAAAAAAGCCACAGUUUAAGAGGAAUUUAUAAAAAAAAAGCACAAACACAAGACGAAACUAAGCAGGCACUUGAGCAAACAGAGAGGUGCAUUAAGUAUACGCAUCAAGUAUACGCCGCGAUGUCCAAUGGCAAGGCUGCCACAGCUGCCGCGACAGCUGAGAAAAACGGCGCGCUUAACGAUCGGCCAUUGUUCAUGCAAAACAGCAACGGCGGACGCAUUGCCACCAGCGAGGUGGAAGUCAGCAACUUCCGACGCGCCCUCCCACAGUUUUUAGCUGUUAGUAUUAAGAACAUAUUGCUAUUCGGAUAUGGCAUGACCCUGGGCUUCCCCACCAUCGUGAUACCCGCCAUUCAGGGAGGUGAGGGACGCAGCGAGACCAGCGGCGACAUAGUCCUCAACAAGGACGAGAUCUCUUGGUUCAGUUCCAUUAACCUGAUAUGUGUGCCCCUGGGAUGCCUCUUCUCCGGUCUCCUCACCCAGCCGCUGGGGAAACGACGAGCUAUGCAGUUUGUCAACCUGCCGAUUCUGGCCGCCUGGCUGAUGUUUCACUUCUCCACCCGCACGGAGCACCUGUACGCGGCUUUAUGCUUGGCUGGACUCGGUGGCGGAUUAAUGGAGGCGCCGGUGCUCACCUAUGUGGCCGAAAUCACAGAGCCCAAGUACCGUGGAAUACUGUCCGCCUUGGGAACCACCUGUGUCAUCACAGGCGUGUUUAUCCAAUUCAUCCUGGGAUCCCUAAUGGACUGGCGCAGUGUGGCGGCAGUGAGCUCCGCCUUUCCGGUUAUCACCAUCAUAAUGCUGUGCUUUGUGCCCGAGAGUCCGGUCUGGUUGAUCCGGGAGCAGCGCUUCCGGGAGGCUGUGAAGUCCCUACAAUGGCUACGAGGCUGGGUGCCGGAGCACAUGAUCGAGGCGGAGUUCAAUCAGCUGUACGAUGAACUGAUCACCCAGAAGGCCAUCGAACUGUCUGCGGAUGGGGUUCCUCUGCCGGGACAACGUCGGACAUUGGGCCAACGACUGAGGAUGUGGCGGAAACGCAGCUUCCUGGUGCCUUUCCUAUUGGUCUCCUUCAGCUUCUUCACCGGUCACUUUUCCGGAAAGACCCCGCUGCAAACGUAUGCUGUGCAGAUUUUCCACACCCUCAAGGCACCAAUGAACAAGUACCACGCGACUAUUCUUCUUGGUGUGGCUGAGAUGCUGGCCACUAUCCUGGGCGUUGUCCUCAUCCAUUUUACAGGGAAGAGGCCCUUGGUCCUGGUUUCAACAGUGGGAACUGGUCUGUGCUUCUUUGGCACAGCCACAUAUGCCCAUUUCCUCAGUGAAGUGCCCGGAUUUACGGUCAACAAUGUGGUGGUUAAUGCCUCGUCGAUUGUGCCCAAGGAAGGUAUUCUUUCGCAGGAGAAUAUAUCAAGGAUCUUUGAGACGGAACAGGAAGCCAUAAGGCAGGAAACGGAGCACUUAACUACCCUGCUGCCGGACUUGGAGACAACUACUAUGUUUGAGUCUGAAUCUUUAAAUCGCAGUAAGCGGGAGGUGGAUGAAAUGAUUACCACCGAUGAGCCAAUGGGCACCACCAUAUGGCCGGAGUCAUCGAGCAGUGCGGAGCCAGUAUCAUUUUCAUCCUUGGCACCGCCUUCGACCUCGGCAAAGCCACCUAUAGUGGAGGAACUGCUGCUGGUGGUGCCGAAACAGGAGCACAACUACCUGGUCUGGGUCCCACUCAUCCUUCUGCUCCUCUCCGCCUUCUUCUCUCACCUGGGCAUCCGUAUGUUGCCCUGGAUCCUGAUUGGCGAAGUGUUUCCAGCUGAGAUACGUAAUACCGCCUCGGGAUUUGCCGGUGGUGUGGGUUAUAUAUUCGGCUUCCUGGCCAACAAGCUCUUCCUGGUGAUGCUGAGUGCCCUGACUCUGCCCGGAACCUUUGCCUUCUAUGCCAGCGUGGCCUUCGUUGGAACCAUUGUCCUGUACUUUACGCUUCCGGAGACGGAAGGCCGCACACUGGGCGAAAUUGAAGCCCACUUCUCUAAAAAAUCAGACAUGAAUUUGCUUCGCAAGCAGCCCAGUAACAAGUUGCCCGUCAAGGAUGAAUCCCAGUAUCCCGGACCCGCCAUCAAUGUACAGGGAAGCUUCCAUGUGCCCAUCACAUCGCAGCAGCAGGCGAAGAUUAUCCAUCUGCAGCAGAGCGACUUUGCGCCCCGGCCCCCAAACGGACGGACAGCCGGAGCUGGGAUGGCCAAUCCGGCCUUCGAGGAGAGCAACACCACACAUUUGUGAGGGGCUGUCUGUGGCCAAUGUCGACCGUGUCAUCAUCUAAACAUCCCUCCCAAGUGCUUAACAUCCCAGUGAUAUUUCUGAGAAAUAAACUUAACUAUUUAGAUUUA